AUGACACAGUCGACCAUCAAGUCCGAGGAGUCGAACCCUCCAAGCCUACACAUCGUCAAGCAGUGGAAGGAGGUCAAAGAGAGUUUGCCCUUCGAUGACACUCAAGACUUUGUGAACGCUAAACGGGGCUGGAGAGGUAGUCUCGGUGACCCCAACCAGGUCAUUGAUGCUCAGGGCAAUGUGGUGUGGAACAACGAUGCCUACGACUUCCUGAAGGACGACGCCCCAUACUCGGCCAACCCAAGUCUGUGGCGCCAGUCGCAACUGACUCGCAUGAAUGGACUGUAUCAUGUCGCCGGACCUAUCUACCAAGUGCGCGGGCUUGACCUCUCCAACACAACCAUCAUUGAGGGCGACGAGGGUAUCAUUGUCAUCGACCCCCUCACUUCGCAAGAGACCGGCGCUGCUGCACUCGCACUCUACCAGAAGCACCGUGGCACUGACCGAGCCGUCAAGGCUGUCAUCUACACUCAUUCCCACGUUGACCACUUCGGCGGUGUCAAAGGCUUCGUCAGUGAAGACGAUGUCAAGAAAAACAACAUCAACAUCAUUGCCCCAGAGGGUUUCUUGGAGCAUGCUGUGUCCGAGAACGUCUACACCGGUACUUCAAUGAGUCGCCGCGCCGCGUACAUGUACGGUGCUGCCCUUGAGCAAGGACCAAGGGGCCAGAUCGGCGCUGGACUGGGACAGACUACCUCGACCGGCGUCGUCACCCUCAUCGCACCCAACAUGACCAUCAGACGCACGGGCGAAAAGAAGAUUGUCGAUGGCAUUAAGAUGGAAUUCCAGAUGGCACCGGACACUGAAGCACCUUCUGAAAUGCUCAUCUGGUUCCCCGAUCUCAACGCACUCUGCGCGGCCGAGGACGCCACUCACACUUUCCACAACAUCCUGACCCUGCGAGGUGCGGUGGUCCGUGACCCUCACUCCUGGGCCAAGUACCUCACAGAGACCAUCGACCGAUACGGCAGCCAAGCCGAGGUCGUCUUCGCCCAGCACCACUGGCCGACCUGGGGCAACGACAACAUCCUGAAGUUCCUCACCUACCAGCGCGAUCUGUACGCAUACGCGCAUGACCAGACACUCCGCCUCCUGAACCAGGGAUACAACGGCACCGAGAUCGCCGAAAUGCUCACCUUGCCCCCGGCUCUUGAACAAUCUUGGUAUUGCCGCGGCUACUACGGCUCUCUAAGCCACAACGUCAAAGCCAUCUACCAGCGCUAUGUCGGGUGGUUCGACGGCAACCCAGCCCACUUGUGGGAACACACCCCCGUCGACAAGGCCAACCGAUACGUGGAUCUCAUCGGCGAGGACAAGGUUCUCGAAGAGGGUACCAAAGCAUACCUAAAGGGCGACUACCGCUGGGCAGCUGAGCUUCUAAGUCACGCCGUCUUCAAUAACCCGAAAAACGAGGAAGCCUGCAAGAAACUAGCAGAUGUGUACGAGCAGCUCGGAUACGGUUCUGAAAAUGGUACCUGGAGGAACUUCUACAUUUCCGGAGCGACCGAGCUGCGCAAUGGCAAUUUCGGCACGCCUACGCAGACAGCUGCGGCCGAUGUGCUGGGUCAGCUUACCCCAGAUAUGGUCCUUGAUACUCUCGCUAUCAAGAUUAAUGGGCCCGAGGCGUGGGAUCAGGAAGUAUUUAUGGAUCUUGUUGUUUCGGAUCAGAAUAAUAAGACGUAUCAUUCCUGGCUGUCUAAUGGGGCGCUCGUCUACAGUACGGCUGACCAGUCGAACGCUGCUCAGGUCACUCUGAUUGGUACGGCUAAGCAGUUGACUGCGCUGGCUGUGUAUGGACCUGAUCCUGAUGCUUUGGCGAAUGCUGGUAUUGUGGUUGAUGGGAAUCCCAAAGUGCUGGAUACGCUUGCGUCUUUGUUGGAUCCGGGUGAUCCGAAAUUCAAUAUCGUUACGCCUUAG